AUGAUCACGCUAACAGAACUCAAAUACUUAGCAGAUGCCCAGUCAUCCUACCAUAUACUAAAACCAUGGUGGGAUGUCUUCUGGUAUUACCUCACCAUGAUAAUGCUGCUAGUUGCUGUGCUUGCUGGGGCUCUCCAGCUCACUCAAACCAGAGUAUUGUGUUGUCUUCCUUGCAAGCUAGAAUUUGACAAUCACUGUGCCGUGCCUUGGGAUUUAGUUAAAGCCAACCUUAACAUGUCUACUGGUUCUCCAGCACAGAUAAUCAUCCCGCUUAAAAUCCAGAAUGAUCUCCACCGGCAGCAGUACUCCUAUAUUGAUGCAGUAUGUUAUGAGAGACAGCUUCAUUGGUUUGCCAAAUUUUUUCCAUACCUAGUGCUUCUGCAUACCUUCAUUUUUGCAGCUUGCAGUAAUUUCUGGCUUUACUAUCCUAGUACAAGUUCCAGACUUGAACACUUUGUAGCCAUUCUGCAGAAGUGUUUCGAUUCUCCAUGGACAACACGUGCCCUCUCAGAAACAGUUGCUGAGCAGUCUGUGAGGAAGUUGCCAAUAGCCAAAUCCAAAGCAUCACCUGGGAGUUCAGUAGAUAUAGGGGCCAGCAGACAGUCCCUGCCAUAUUCACAGCCUGGCUUGGAAACAACUGGAAGAGAAAAUUCCUCAAGUGUUCUUGACAAAAAAGAAGGGGAACAAGCUAAAGCUAUAUUUGAAAAAGUGAAGAAAUUCAGAGUACACGUCGAAGAGAAGGAUGUCAUAUAUAGAGUAUAUAUGAAACAGAUUAUAGUGAAAGUCAUUGUAUUUGUAAUGAUAAUAACUUAUGUUCCCUACUAUUUAUCAUUUAUUACACUUGAAAUUGAUUGUGUAGUCAAUGUUCAAGCCUUUACAGGCUAUAAAAGGUACCAGUGUGUAUAUUCACUAGCAGAAAUUUUUAAAGUUCUGGCUUCGUUUUAUGUUGUUUUAGUGAUCUUCUAUGGCUUAACUUGCACUUACAGUUUGUGGUGGAUGUUAAGAAGUUCACUUAAGCAAUAUUCUUUUGAGAAAUUGAGAGAGAAAAGUAAUUACAGUGAUAUACCUGAUGUAAAGAAUGACUUUGCAUUUAUUCUCCAUUUGGCAGAUCAGUAUGAUCCUCUUUAUUCCCAAAGAUUCUCAAUAUUCCUGUCUGAUCUGAGUGAAAACAAACUGAAACAGAUAAAUCUUAAUAAUGAAUGGUCAGUGGAAAAACUGAAAAAUAAACUAGUAAGAAAUUCCCAAGACAAGAUUGAACUUCACCUUUUCAUGUUAAAUGGUCUUCCAGACAGUGUCUUUGAACUGACAGAAAUAGAAGUCCUAAGCCUGGAACUUAUUCCUGAAGCCAAACUUCCUUCAACUGUGACCCAGCUGGUCAAUCUCAAGGAACUCAAUGUUUAUCAUUCCUCACUAACUAUGGAUUAUCCAGCAGUCGGCUUUCUAGAAGAAAAUCUGAAAACGCUGCGCCUGAAGUCUAGUGAGAUGGGAAGACUUCCCUUCUGGGUAUUUCAUCUAAAAAACCUACAAGAAUUGUGCUUAACAGGAUAUUUUAUGCUAGACCAUCACAACUCCAUAUACAACGAAAGCUUUCAGGGGCUAAAAAAUCUGAGGUCAAUUCACUUGAAAAACAACCUUUCCCGUAUACCUCAAGUGGUUACAGAUCUUCUGCCCUCUUUACAACACUUGUCUAUCAACAAUGAGGGGAAUAAACUGAUAGUGCUAAACAAUCUGAAGAAGCUGGUGAACCUGAGAACCUUGGAAUUAAUCUGCUGUGAUUUAGAGCGCAUUCCCCAUUCAAUUUUUACCCUAAACAAUUUACAUGAAAUUGACUUAAAAGAAAAUAAUCUCAGAACAGUGGAAGAAAUAAUUAGCUUUCAACAUCUUAAGAACCUUUCUUGCUUAAAACUGUGGCACAACAGUAUUUCAUAUGUCCCUGUGCAGAUUGGUGCAUUAUCAAACCUGGAACAAUUGUAUCUAAAUUAUAAUAAUAUUAAGAAUGUUCCAUUGCAGCUAUUUCUUUGUAGAAAAUUACACUAUUUGGAUCUUAGCUAUAAUAAGCUAACCUCCAUCCCUGAAGAAAUCAGCUAUCUGACCAAUCUGCAGUACUUGGCUUUGACAAAAAACCAUAUUGAAAUGCUGCCUGAUGGAUUAUUUCAGUGCAAAAAGCUGCAAUUUCUUCUUCUGGGAAAUAACAGUCUGAUGAAUUUGUCCCCUGGUGUGGGUCAGCUACUGAAUCUUGUUCAAUUAGAGCUCUUUGGAAACUAUCUUGAAUCACUUCCUGCUGAACUAGAAGAAUGUCAGUUCUUGAAGCGGAAUAGUCUAAUUGUAGAAGAAAGGUUGUUAAAAACGCUUCCACCUCGUGUCAGAGAGCGUUUGCAGACAUGCUCAGAUAAAUGCUAAGUUUAAAAACAAAACUGCAUCCUUGCAUUCUAUAAGCCUUUUGCUUAACAUCUCUCUGAAGAUCUGUAUAGGUAAA